GCGCCUCCCACACGGCAGCGCGCGCGCCUGCGGCGCCGCCUCACUCCGAGCACGGACCCGAGUGGCGCGGCCGCAUAGUUCCGCAGCCGUGCGAUCCAAUCAACAUCAGUGAACAAGUGCUUGUGAACAGUAUACUUCCAGUGAUCUAACAUCCAUUUGUUCAGAUGCCACUGAUGUGUAAGACAUGGCCCAGGACACUUACGAGAUGACCACGAAUCGGCAACUAUCACGAGGUAGCUCGCUUUUCGGCACCGACCCUCAGGUGCAAUUCCGGACCGCACUACGAAACAACGAUUUCCACACUUUCAAAAAACUCGUAGAUUCUGGGUCUGUCGAUUUGGAGCACGUAUAUCAGUAUCCAGACUACAAAACAAUUUUGGAGCUAGCAAUCACCGAAAAAAACCGACUGGAGUUUGUAAAGCUUUUGUUACAACCACAAAACAAGGUCCAAGUCAACAAAAUAAACGAGUCGCAUUCAGCAGCGCCAAUUCAUUUUGCUGUGGAUUGUGGCAACAUUGAAGCUCUAAAACUUCUUUUAGAUUGUGAUGAGAUAGACGUAAAUGUUAAAAGUAAGGGAAAUACUGCUUUAUUGUUGGCAAUUAAGAAAAUAGAGGACCUCGAAGAUGAUCGCGAGCGUGAGAUAUAUAUUUACGAAGAUAUGGUAGAGUUGCUACUGAAAGCGGGAUGCAACCCCAAUUCUCCCGAUUCUAAGGGAGUAACACCAGUGCAUUCUGCAGCAAAACAGGGGCUCGAGAGAAUCAUAACCGAUAUACUGCAUAACGCUAAAGAAAGAGUUAAUCUCGAUGCAUAUAAAGAUUACAAAGGGAAAACUGCAAGAUAUUAUUUGAAUGAAGCUUUUCCUCACCUUGUAUCAGAUUUCGAUUCUGGUGCACAGGCCAAUGAAGUUAUCGACGUUGAUAAACUGUUUUCCUACCUCAGUAGACAUGAGGAUGAUAAUUUUGUUCGGGAUUUUUUGAAGCUUGUCAGAAAAAAUGAACACCGCAAUGCGUUGGCCGCUAAUAACGGAAUGAACACAAUGUUGCAGUUAGCAGCAGAAAAAGGUUUCGAGAAUGUAGUUAAAACUUUGCUUGAUUCUGGAGCAGAUCCAAAUGCAACAUUUUCAGGAAAUACAUAUCGUCCAAUAGGGUAUGCAUGCCAGAAUGGUUAUUGUAGAAUUCUUAAAAUGUUUAUUGACAACGAAUCAACACUCUUCGAUCCAAUUCACGGCGAGUCGCUUUUGCAAGUCGCCAUUAAAGGGAUGCAAACGUACGCCAAAAAUCCUAAAUCAGAUUUUAAAGGAUGUUUGGACUUGCUGCUAACACAUCACAAAAUUAUGGGUAAUAUUAAUGUUAAUCACCUAGAUAUGAAGAAUAACACUGCUCUUCACUACGCUGCGAGGAACGGUGACAAUGAAACUGUUUUGGAACUAUUAAGGAAUGGAGCUUGCAUUGGCUUACGCAAUAAGUUUAAUGUACCGCCGUUGGCAGACAUUAGCGCCAAGACACUGGAAACUUAUUUGGACGAAUGCAUCACUUCAAAUGACGAACGACCAGGCGAUGACGACUACGAAAUACACAUAAAAUACAGCUUUCUUGUUUAUCCAAAUAAUUCACUUGAAAAUGAAAAGAGUCGAGAGCCCCUUAUGAAAACUAGUAACAAUAAUAUCAAAGAAUGUGACGCUUUUUUAACCCCAGAAACAGAUGCUUUAUUAUACAUGACCAGAAUGCAAGAAAUGCGGCCGCUAUUAAAACACCCGGUCAUUACAAGUUUCUUGUAUUUGAAAUGGCAAAGAAUAAGCUGCCUUUUCUACGCAAAUAUUACUUUCUAUUCGCUUUUGUGGUUGUGUCUUAUUUUUUAUAUCAUAUUCGGAUACGGGGUGGAAAAGAAACAGUCAGACUCCAUUGAAGUUCUAAAUGUCGUUACGCAUGUUGGUGCUAUUAUUGGACUGAUUAUAUUGGUUGUUCGAGAACUGUUUCAAAUGAUCGUAUCUCCAACAAAAUAUUUGCAGAGUAUUGAAAAUUGGAUGGAAAUAGCGUUGAUAAUCGUUACUGCUUGGAUAGUUUGCUAUGAUAGAGCUUCCGAAUCUACAAAGCAACAAUUAUCUGCAGUCGCUAUCCUUCUAUCUUCGGCUGAACUGGUACUGCUUAUCGGACAAUUUCCCACGUUAUCAACCAAUAUCACAAUGUUAAAAACGGUAUCGUGGAACUUCUUCAAGUUUCUUCUUUGGUAUUGCAUUUUAAUAAUUGCUUUCGCCUUAAGUUUCUACACUUUAUUCAGAAAAGUGUCGGAAGACGAAGAUCAAGUACCCCCGAAUCCAAAUACGACUGAGAAAGGUGAAGAGGAAGGGGACGAGGAAGAGUUUUUUAACGAUCCGGGUCGGUCGUUAUUCAAGACUAUUGUUAUGUUGACUGGUGAAUUCGACGCGGGGUCGAUCAAGUUCAGUACAUUCCCAGUUACAAGUCAUAUAAUAUUUAUGGUAUUUGUGUUCAUGAUUCCAAUAGUGCUUUUCAAUUUGUUGAACGGUCUGGCCGUUAGCGAUACUCAGGAAAUUAAAGCAGACGCCGAACUUGUUGGUCAUAUUGCGCGAGUCAAAUUAAUUUCCUAUUUCGAAAGCGUGCUUAUUGGAAACGCUAGUGACUACACAAAACCUAUAGGAUGCUGUUCGUGGUUGCCUCAAAGCUUUCAGAAAUUGUACACAAUGAAACCACAAAUGCUAUGCAUUAAACCUUUAGCAAAGCGUAUAAGUUUAUUCCCUCACUUUUUACCUAUGUAUCGAAUAAUUGUGAAGCCUAACCAAGAGAACAAAAUCAAAAUUCCACGCGCUGAACCUUUGAGUAAAUUCGGAGACGAUUUUGAAGAUAUUGAGAGUGGUGGAUGUUGUUUGGAACGAUGUCAAGACUACAGACUAGAAAGGAAAAUCGUAAAAAAGGCAAAGUGUGUUAUAAGCGAUAAAACGAACAUUUCGGUAUUUGACGAAAUUAAACACAAACUAAACCAGUAUGAGUCCAAGAUAGAGAGCCUCGAAAACACAUUGAAAGAAGUAUUGCAGGCUUUGCACUCUUACAAAAAGUAAUGUUAAUCACUACACAUUUUCUCGUUACAUUGCUUUUAAAAAAUGUUGUUGUAGUAACAUUUUAAUCUUACACAAGAACAAAUUAUAAGUAACAGAACUAAUUAAUUUUGUUAGCGUUUAUGUAAUUUAACAUAUAAUUAAUUCUCAUUAAAAAAUGCCUUCCACUAGAGUAAGCAUU